UUUUUUUUUUCAAAAUCUCAAUAUCCGAACCGAAUCCAAAAUAACCAAAUUCGAACUAAAAUACCCGAACCCGAUCCGAAGUAUAGAAAUAGCCAAACGGGUUCAAUAACCCUAUACCGAAAUACCCAAAAAUCUGAAAUACCGGACCGACCCUGAACGGGUAUCCGACAAAUAAUCUUCUGCAUUUUUUUAUGUACACUUACUGUAUAAAACUAAAAACAUUUAUAUUUAUUUCAAACUUAUUAAUAUCAUUAAAUUAUGAAACUAAUAUGAAAAUUAUUUGACAUAUAUAUAUAUAUAUAUGGAUGAUGAUAAUUUAUUAGCGAAGGAGAAAAAGAUAGUCUCCAUGUUUUAAUGUCAUUCUCGACUUUCCAUGUGGGGAAGAAACUUUAUAAUUUUAUACAAAAAUCUCUCUUCAAACCCAAAAUGCUAAUCUCUUUUGGCUUCUUUUUCAUUCUUCCCAGAUUCUCUGUAGAGGAGGAUCUAUGAAUCCAUCUCCUCCCCCUAUCUAAGCUCCUCUUCUUCUUCUUUUCCAUCGGUUACUCUGUUUCAGAAGAUUUUUUUUGACUGAAGGCAUUCACUCUGUUUCAGAAGCUUCCAGAGGCAUCAAUGGCCGAGAGUUUAUCUGUUUAUACGGAAAGGCUAUCUCUUUCUACCACUCUCAUCUAAUCUUUCGUGAUUUAAGCUUCUAGGUUACUCUGCAUGUUAGUUUUGUCAUUGGAAUCAACCUUCAAAAAUUUUCUCUUUUUUUCUUCAUAAGAUUUAAAGUUAUGGUUUUUUAAGCUCUAAAGGUUUACUUAUAUUCUCAGGUUUUAAUGUUUGAUGUAAACAAGACAGUGCAGAAAUUGUAAUAAAACAACCAAAGAGAUCACAUAUGUUCUUAAAGAUGAUAGUUUUGGUGUUUGCAAUGGUCUGUGGUCUCUACAUUUGCUCCGUCUGCUUUAAACAGUUUAGUGUCCAAACCUCACAACUUGUUCGAACUCGUAUCACUACUCGGAUUCAUUACCCAAAGCCAGAGACUUUCAAUAGGUAAGUAACUCUUCUUGUUUCUUUGUUUGCUUAUUCACUUCUAACUUUGAAACUGAUCUGAAUGUGGGCACAAUCCGGUGAGGUUCUUUGCGAUACUAUCGAUGCAGAGAUCAGGAAGCGGUUGGUUCGAAACAUUGGUGGAAGCUCAAGCAACAACCGGAAACCUCGGCGUUAUCGGGAGUUAGCAUCGUUAUUUGCCAAAAUUUCCGCCGCAGAGAUGAAACGAUUCAAGAGAAACCCUCAAAUAGAUCUAAGCAAAGCAUUGAAGAUGAAUCGUGGAGGAGAGUUAAUAGGAUUUAACACAAAGCCAUUAACCAAACCGUUGCAGGUCGGGAGACGAAUCGCAAAAGUCACGCCUAGCCGUCGCACGAAGAGGAGCGAUGAAUUUCGUUUUCUCGCUGCAGUCGUAUUAGGGAUAGACGGAGCUCAUUAUCGUUGGGCCGGAAACACUUCUAAUCUCACAGCCCAUGAACACACUAAAGAACGAAACCGAAAAUGUUUGAAGUUUAAUGAAACGUGCGGUUUGCCUUAUGGACACAUGUCAUUACGAUAUGAAAUGAUUUAUCUACGUGGAUCAUAGGUGUCUCUCUAAGGAGAGAGCAAACCAUACUUUAUAUAAAUAGAUUUGUAUCAUUCUAAGAGGUGUUUAAGAUUUUUGCAUAAAUAUUAAAAAAAAAUACAAAUUUUUAUGUAAUUAGUUUUGGUUACAUAAAAUAACAUUAAAUAAAAUUAAUUCAACCAAUAAAAAAAUACGGUAUUUUAUAAUU